CCACUACCAAACACCAAACCAACACCACCCACCUCAAACAUGAAGCUUUCCAUCAUCGCCGCAGCUGCCAUUGCGCAGAUCGCCUCUGCCCACUACACCUUCGAUGUCUUGGUCACCGACGGCCAGGAGUCCAAGGGCUACGAGUUCAUCCGUGAGAACACUCGUGCCCAGAAGUUCAACCCCACCAAGUGGAAGAACCCCCUCGACAACAUGACCCCCGACAUGGACGACUUCCGCUGCAACAAGGGCUCUUUCGCUAGCGCUGGCAAGACCGGCGUCAAGGAGGUCGCAGCCGGCACCAAGAUGGCCAUGAAGCUUGCCUACGGCGCUACCAUGAAGCACCCCGGUCCCGCUUUCGUCUACAUGUCCAAGGCUCCCAGCUCCGUCAAGGAGUACGAGGGUGACGGCGAGUGGUUCAAGAUCUUCGAGUCUGGCCUCUGCGACAAGAACAAGGAUAUCCUGGGUACUGCUUGGUGCACUUGGGAUAACGACAGGAUUGAGUUCACUGUCCCCGCUGAGGUGCCAGAGGGCGAGUACUUGAUCCGCUCUGAGCACGUUGGUCUUCACGGUGCACACGAUGGCCAGGCUGAGUUCUACUACGCCUGCGCUCAAGUCAAGGUCACCGGCGGCGGCAGCGGUACCCCCGGCCCCACCGUCAAGUUCCCCGGCGCGUACAAGAAGACCGACCCCGAGUUCAACUUCAGCAUCUGGGGUGGAUACAAGGACUACACCUUCCCCGCCCCCGCUGUCUGGGAUGCCAGCACCAGCGGCGGUGCUCAGUCUCCUGCUCAGACCCCCACUGAGGAGCCCACCACCGAGGAGUCUCCCGCACCCUCUGCUUCCCCCGUACCUUCCUCCGAGGAGCCUGCUGCUAGCAGCGAGGCUGUUGCACACAACUCUGAGAACUGCAAGGGUGGCAAGGCUAAGCGUGGUCGCCGUGCUUUCCGCGAGGCUCUUCUCCGAAAGGAGUAAGAUGCAUAUGUUUUGCAUGAUCUGGAGGAUUGAAACGAUGAAAGGCUUGACUUUACGGUCUGGUCGACUUUCUGUAUAUAUAUACUUUUUCGAUAGGCGCAGCCGUGCUGCGCUUUUUUGUAGAUGUUGCUGGAUGAGGAAUACAAUCAGUAUUCCUGAACACAGUUUUCGAAGCUUCAUCGCAGUGCUCCAUGAUCGUGAGACAGUUACUGCAUACAACACCCAAAACACGUUUGUACACUAGAUUGAUACAGAAUCGGAUUACCGAUGGUACAUACGGCAUC